GGAGGUUUCAGUCAGCAGCAGUGAGAAGCGCGAACCAAGCUGCGCUCCUCCGGGAUCGAGGUUCGAUUGUGGGUCUUCUGUCAGCAGCACCGGAACCUAAAGCUCCUGUCGAUGCGGCGCUCGGGUUUCUGUAAACCCUGAAUCCUGGGUGGGAGGAGGUGGCGUGCGGCCGCUCCUCUUUGGCGCAGUGCGCGCGCGGUACAGACUGCAAUGGUGCCUUUCGGUUUGUGGCUGUGAGGAAGCCGGACUCGCUGUGUGCCUUUGCAUUUUUUUAUUAAAUUUAUUUUGGACCGUUCCGCCGCAGGACGCGGGACAAUGCAGCGGAGCGGGGCUGCAGGUGGAUGGCCGACCUGACGGCCGAAGCUGCCGCUUCCCCUGCCGCUGCUGCAGCAGCAGCCGCACACGCGCGCGCACACGCUGAGAAACGACGGAAGCCAGCGAAUAAGAGUGAGCCAUGCUGCCCGGGGUCGGUGUGUUCGGCACCAGCCUGACGGCCAGAGUCAUCAUCCCGCUGCUGAAGAAGGAGGGCUUCGCCGUCAAAGCGCUGUGGGGCCGCACUCAGGAGGAGGCGGAGGAGCUGGCCGCCGAGAUGAACGUCCCCUUUUACACCAACCGGAUCGACGACGUGCUGCUUCAUCAGGAUGUGGAUUUGGUCUGCAUCAACCUGCCUCCGCCUCUGACGAGGCAGAUCGCGGUCAAAACCCUGGGUAUUGGCAAGAAUGUCAUCUGUGACCGAACCGCCACACCUCUGGAUGCCUUCCGAAUGAUGUCAGCAGCCCAGUACUACCCCAAAUUACUGAGCAUCAUGGGAAAUGUGCUACGCUUCUUACCAGCCUUUGUUCGAAUGAAAGAGCUUUUGGAGGAGGGAUACAUUGGGGACCUUCUGGUCUGUGAAGCCCAGGUCCACAGUGGCAGUCUCCUGGGGAAAAAAUAUAACUGGAGCUGCGAUGACUUGAUGGGAGGUGGUGGACUGCAUUCAGUGGGAAGCUACAUCAUUGACCUGCUUACAUUUUUGACAGGCCAACGUGCAACAAAAGUCCAUGGAUUUCUCAAGACCUUUGUCAAACAGACAGAUCAUAUCCGGGGCAUCCGGCAGAUCACCAGCGAUGACUUCUGCACAUUUCAGAUGGUACUGGAGGGAGGUGCUUGCUGCACCGUCACACUCAACUUUAAUGUUCCUGGAGAGUUCAGACAGGAGGUGAUUCUUGUUGGCACGGUUGGGAGGUUAACAGUCACAGGGACAGACCUUUAUGGACAGAAGAACAGUGGAGGUGGAGGAAGGGGUGGUGGGCCAGAACUUAUCCUCAAAGACACCACGCCCCUUGAGAAGGCUUCCUUACCAGAAAAGGCCUUCAGUGACAUUCCAUCCCCAUAUCUCACUGGAACAAUCCGCAUGAUUCAGGCAGUGCGGCAGGCUUUUCAGGACCAGGAUGAUCGUCGCACAUGGGACGGAAGGCCUCUUACAAUGGCUGCCACUUUUGAGGACUGUCUUUAUGCACUUUGUGUUGUGGAUACCAUAAAGAAAUCCAACCAGUGUGGAGAGUGGCAGAACAUUGUGGUGAUGACUGAAGAACCGGAGGUCAGCCCAGCAUAUUUGAUCAGCGAGGCCAUGCGACGGAGUAGGAUGUCCCUCUACUGUUAGCUUCUGCCUCAGUGUUGCUGUCCAAGAUGACUAAAUGCAAAUUACCUGAGAAACUGAGCAGGUUGUGGAAAGACUUGGGUAUUGUUGGAACUUUUUUCAUACAGUUGUAGUUCCCAGUACUUCAUGUUAUUGCUUUUAGAUUUUUAAAUUCUGUCAAAUUUGUGUUGCUGUUACAGAGGUUUUGCCACUAUGAUCCAGAUGGUUCUGGUUUGCCUACUACCCUGCCUCAAUGAGGGAAAGCAAUGUGAUUUAUUAUCAAACUUUUAUUUAUGAAGAAGUCUUCUAUUUCUCUUUGAGACUUGUGCACUCAGCUGAUCAAGGCAACAAAGGUAAGAGCCAUCAAGUCAGCCUGACUGAUAGAUCAGCAUGGAUUUGCCUAUAAUUUACUAGUUUUUAAAUCAAGUAUUUGCCCAACUCACUGUUUUCAUGAUUCUUGCUUAACCAUGAGGAUAUUGCAUCUCUGCUCUUAGCUUUUUUCUUCUGAAAGACACAAUUUACACUGUGCGUCUGACUGAGGACAGCCAAUGAAGAAUGACAGUCCUCUUUG